CGGGGAAAAUCUCGGACCGCCAUUCUGUCAACAUGAGAACAAUCAAAUUGUCGUUUUACUUGUUAAAUGUAUAUGAUUAUCUAUAUACAUGUAGGAUAUACGCACGAUAACUAGACUAGGAUCUAAAGAGGUAAAAUAUAAUCAAUAUGAUGGAAGAUAGUAAUAUUGACUUAAACAAACACGUUGAGCCAAAAAGAUUGACCUUCCUUGGGUCCAGAGCUCUCUACUAUUUGCUAGUAGCUCAAACAGUUGCUUGGGUAGUUCUUGGUGUAACAAAACUUGUUAUAGGGUCAACGUACGUGCAUGACUGUGAUGUGCAGCCGUUAAUCCCAGUAUGGCUUAUUCUAGAUGCAUUUAUACCAUUAUUCUUCUGUGGAUUUUGGUCUCAUGUAAAGGAGGAUAGCAGCGACAGUUUAAAAAUGAAGGGAUAUAUAUCUAUUUGUAUUGGAUCAUUCCUUAGUGUUAUAUGGUGCAUAUGCGGCGGUAUAUGGAUAUAUCCAAACUGGGCUUCACAGGGACAAUGCAAUAACACACUGAGAUCGUUUGCGUUUGCCAUGAUAACUGUGAACUGGUCAACGAUGAGUAUGUGGACACAACUGGUAGUACGGUUGGCAUGUGCGAUGCGCGCGCAGAAACAGUACGUAAUGAUGUAAAAAACGACUAUCAUCAGAGGGGCCAUAAUUUGGAUGUAUCUUUCAUGAUCGUAUUUUGACUGAAAAUUGACUUCUUGUCAAACUUUUUAGGGCUCUACUUAAAGCCGGUGAUAGAGAGCGUGGACGGCAGUCAAUAUCUCACACUUCUGUUAAUGAAUAGCUCAAUUAAACCAAAUCUUCAUUUUUUUCAGUUUUGCCAUAUCUUUGAUUUUUGUUAUUUAGCUAAAAAAUAAAAUUGUAAAAAAGCUCGC